AUGAGUUUCGCAAGAGAAGUUAUAAAUCCAACAUCUUCUAAUGCAAUUGCAAAUACCUCAGAACGACAUAGAAAGCUAAAACAAAUAUUCCCUGGAGCAAUAGGUGCGCUAGAUGGAACUCUUGUACAUGCAGUCGUGCCUGUUGAUCAACAGACUCGUUACAGGGGAAGAGGAAAGGGUGAAUGCUUUCAGAAUGUCUUAGCAAUUUGUGAUUUUGAUAUGAUAUUCACGUUUGUAUGGGCCGGAUGGGAGGGGAUUGCACAUGAUUCACGAGUUUUAAAAGAAGUAGCAUUUAACCCGACUUCCGGGUUUUCCUUCCCCCCACCAGAUAAAUAUUAUCUUUGUGACGCUGCAUACACUAACACUCGUGGAUUUAUGACUCCCUACCGUAAUACGAGAUAUUGGUUAGCCGAUUUUCGACGACAACGUGCGUUAACUAAGGAAGAAAAAUUCAAUCAUGCCCAUGCACAACUCAGAAAUGUUAUUGAGCGCUCAUAUGGUGUUUUGAAGGCGAGAUUCCCAAUCUUAAAGCAAAUGGCUCCCUUUUCUUUUCCAAUCCAAAGGGACAUAGUGAUCGCCUGUUUCGCCGUCCAUAAUUUUAUAAGAAAAUGCAAUAUUCGUGAUCAAUUAUUUGUGGAGUAUGGCGAGAACACUCUGUUUUCUGAAAUACAAGGUGGAGAAAAUGUUGGGCAGUUCGUUCACGACAUAGAAUGGGGUUCACAAGACAUCGAGUAUAUGACUACUUUGCGUAACCAGAUAGCUAGUCAACUAAUUUGA